AAAUCUCACCUUUAGUCCAUUUUUCAACUUAAUUGAGUCUCAAGAUACAAUCUUUUAGCUAUUUUCUUUCUUUCAAGAAUUCACCUUUUAGGAAAAAAAAAACUCCAAAAACAGAUUAACAAUCCCACUUUUUUUUUUUUUUUUUUUUUUUUGUUCUUUUCAAUAUUUUUCAGUUUACUAGCUCACAAAAAUAUUCAAGAACAAGUGGGAAUAAAAGAUGUCAUUUAUAUUAGGGGUUGUAAUUGGAAUAGUAUUUGGAGUUGGUAUAAUAGUUGCUUUUCUUAAAUCUGAAAAUGCUCGAGCCAAACAACGUAUUGAUCUGGCUAGUGGAAUUGCUGCAUUUGCUAGGAUGAAAGUGGAUGAUUCAAGAAAGAUCUUCACACCUGAACAAUACCCUUCUUGGGUUGUUUUCUCAAAUCAACAAAAGUUGACGUGGCUAAAUUCUCAUUUUGAAAAGCUCUGGCCAUAUGUGGAUGAGGCAGCGUCAGAACUAGUAAGGUCAAGUGUGGAGCCAAUUUUGGAACAAUAUAGGCCAGUAAUUUUGGCGUCAUUGAAAUUUUCAAAGUUCACUCUUGGUACAGUUGCUCCACAAUUCACAGGGAUUUCUAUUAUUGAAGAUGGAAGUGAGGGUAUUACUAUGGAACUAGAGAUGCAAUGGGAUGGGAACCCGAGCAUAAUACUCGAUAUCAAGACUUAUGUUGGUGUAGCAUUACCAGUGCAGGUAAAAAACAUCGGGUUUACCGGUAUUUUCAGGCUCAUCUUCAGGCCACUUGUUGAUGAGUUUCCUUGCUUUGGAGCUGUAUGUUAUUCUCUAAGGCAGAAGAAAAAGCUGGAUUUUACUCUUAAAGUAAUUGGUGGUGACAUGACAGCCAUUCCUGGUCUUUCUGAUGCAAUCGAGGGAACUAUCCGGGACGCUAUUGAAGACUCUAUCACAUGGCCGGUUCGAAAAGUUAUUCCCAUUUUACCUGGGGAUUAUAGUGACCUUGAACUGAAGCCUACCGGAGUAUUGGAGGUGAAACUCGUUCAAGCAAAGGAGUUAACAAAUAAAGACCUCAUUGGAAAAUCUGAUCCUUUCGCUGUACUAUAUGUACGCCCUCUACGAGAUAGAAUGAAGAAGAGCAAAAUAAUAAACAACGAUUUGAACCCAAUCUGGAAUGAGCAUUUUGAGUUUGUAGUUGAAGAUCCACUGACACAACACUUGACGGUAAAAAUCUAUGACGAUGAAGGGUUUCAGUCAGCUGAAUUACUUGGAUGUGCUCAUAUCCGUUUGAAUGAACUUGAGCCCGGUAAAGUGAAGUUAAUGAAAGGUGCAUCAUUAAUUUCUUUGAAGCUUUAA